UCCUCCAGAGCAGGGGGAGACAGGAGUGUGGCUUGUGGCCAGACCUGAGGGCUCCAAUUAACCAGUUGCCUGGUCCUAUAAACUCCAGAGAGACAAACGUCUUAAAAGAAAUCUUCGCUUUCCUGGACUCCGUCCUGCGCUCGCGGUGCGGAUCUGUGUGCGCGCACUCCGCGCCUCCGGGCGAAGCGAACGAGGAGGAGCCAGUGCCGGGAGGCGGGAACGACCUGCCACGGGUGAGAUGAUGGAGCCGCGUCUUUGGCGGCCGCGGCGGCAGCAGCAGCAGCAGCUCUUGAACACACCUCAAUGAGAGCGACGGUGGAAGCUGCUGAGCAGAAAGACGUAAGCAGGCUAACUAUAGCCGCCGGGAGCGAGAGGGGAUGUGACCUGUUCGGCUGAAGGCUGUGAGGUGCGUAAUCCCGAGCCGACCCAUUAUGGAACGGGUGCAGCCGGCGUUGCCACAGGUGAUUUGAUUUCCUGUGACGGUAGCUUAACCAGCCGGGCCGAUUCCGAAACACUCUUAUUUUAAAGUCCUUUUCGACUGGGUGCCGUCUGGAGAAGGGAGCCGACUCCUAGUAAAAGUCUUACUGUUGAUAAACUGACGACCAAAUUUUUAAAAAGUGUCUCCCGUUACCUCCUUUCGUCUCUGCGAAGCAGAUGGGAGCCAUGGCUUAUCCCUUACUCUUCUGCCUCCUGCUCGCUCAUCUGGGAUUGGGAACUGUUAGCACCAGCCGCGACCCUCCGGGACGGCUGGAUUCCCCUCGAGAGAGAACCCUGAGGCUGAAGCAGCACGCCCAGCAGCCGGCUCGAGCCUCUGCCUCGGACCCCUCGGCUCCCUGGAGCCGCUCCACCGACGGCACCAUCUUGGCGCAGAAACUCGCCGAGGAGGUGCCCAUGGACGUGGCCUCUUACCUCUACACCGGGGACUCCCACCAGCUGAAGCGAGCCAACUGCUCCGGCCGCUACGAGUUGGCGGGCCUGCCGGGGAAGUCGUCAGCCCUAGCCAGCUCCCAUCCCUCCUUGCACGGGGCGCUGGACACGCUGACACACGCCACUAACUUCCUCAACAUGAUGCUGCAGAGCAAUAAGUCGAGGGAGCAGAACUUGCAGGACGACCUGGAGUGGUACCAGGCACUGGUGCGGAGUCUCCUGGAGGGCGAGCCCAGCAUUUCCCGGGCAGCCAUCACCUUCAGCACCGAGUCGCUGUCCGCGCCGGCCCCGCAGGUUUUCCUCCAGGCCACCCGCGAAGAGAGCCGCAUCCUGCUCCAGGACCUGUCCUCCUCGGCACACCACCUGGCCAACGCCACGCUGGAGACCGAGUGGUUCCACGGUCUGCGGCGCAAGUGGAGGACCCACUUACACCGCCGCGGCUCCAAUCAGGGGCCCCGGAGCCUGGGCCAUAGCUGGCGGCGCAGGGACGGGCUUGGCGGGGACAAGAGCCACGUCAAGUGGUCUCCGCCUUAUCUGGAGUGCGAGAACGGGAGUUACAAGCCUGGGUGGCUGGUCACUCUGUCCGCUGCUUUCUACGGGUUGCAGCCUAACCUGGUCCCGGAAUUCAGGUAG